AUGGACGAAAGAAAUCAAAGAGAAAUAGGAAAAGAAGGUGAAAGAGAAAACACAUCCAAUGAUUCUUCUUUUGGUGUAGAUAGACAAAAUUAUGUCCAAAAAUUUAAUGAAUUGUUGCUCAAUAAACGUAACUUACAUGUUCAAACAAAGAUAGAACUUGCAUGCCUAAUGCUUUCUACUGUUAUAUCACGAAUUUCAAUUAAACAAGGAGAAAAGACGAGUGUUCCACCACCAUCUUUUUCAAAUGAUGUUGAAUCUGGACCCAGUAGAUCUAACGAGAUCUUAACACUUGAACAAUUGACAACAGAGGAAAAUCAACUUCUUCGUCAACAAUAUUAUUCAGAAUUAAAGAUGUCUGGAUCACUUGCUUUAAAAGUGUAUGAAAGUGGUCGUCAAAAUUAUGAUAAUUGGCCAGAAUCUGUUCAAAAAGAAUUUGAAGUUAAGUUGGACAAUAUGAUUGAUGCUAUUGUAAAUUUUGCAACAAAUUACGGGAACAAAUAA